GACAUGUCUUGAUGUAUACCAUAGCUGAGCCCAGCGUUUGGGAGACAACUACUCCAUACAUCAUCCGGGUGAGGCAGUCAAGCAGCAUGCAGCCCAUAUAUAGAAGAGACGCGGGAGUCUGGCACCAAACAAGAAUUCUUCUAUACAAGAAUCUGCUCAUUAAAUGGAGGACCAAACAACAGAGUCUGCAGGAGCUGAUCCUGCCUCUGCUCCUUUUGGGCCUCCUGAUCCUCAUCAGCACCAUGAACCCUCAUGUUUAUUACGGAGGAAUCAGCACCAUGGAGCUGGAUAGCGAUGACUUCCACUCGCCCAAGGGCCUGGGCUACACCCCCAUCACUAACAUCACCAACCACAUCAUGGAGGAGGUGGCCCAAGAGAUGCACAUACAGGAUCGUCUGGAGAUGUUUUCCAGUGAAGAAGACUUGGAGAACGCCAGCCUGUAUGAGCCCUCUGGAUACAUUGGUGUGGUCUUCCUGGACAGUUCUGCCACUUCCUACAGACUACGCUUCCCGUACAACCAGCUGCCCCUACCUAGCGAUUACACCGAAUCAAUUGCCAACUGUUUUGCCAACUCGGUGAACUGCAGAGCAGCCAAUUACUGGUACUCUGGCUUUAUCCGCCUCCAAUCCCUUAUCGACGCAGCCAUCAUCCAGAUGCAGACGAAGCGUUCUGUGAGGAGUGAAAUGGACCUGAGGGUGGUGAUGAUGGGACAACCCGGGUCCGUGGAGGUGCAGAAGUUUCCACACGCCCUCAUUUCCAUCUAUCUGGUCCUGGCCUUCACUCCUUUUGUCACCUUCCUCAUCGUUAAUGUGGCAGCCGAGAAGGAGCACCGGCUUAAAGACACCAUGAGCAUGAUGGGGCUCUACGACACUGCCUUUUGGUUGUCAUGGGGCCUCCUGUACGCUGCGCUGGUGACCACCAUGUCUGUGCUGAUGUCUAUCAUUGCUACCUACACUGCCCUCUUCCCCAGCAGCGACUUCUUUGUUAUCUUCCUUCUCAUCUUCCUCUAUGGAAUCUCCUCUAUCUUCUUCUCCUUCAUGCUGACUCCAUUGUUCAAGAAGCCUAAGUUUGCUAGCACGGUUGGCUCAAUGCUGACGGUGGUGUUUGGUUGCCUGUCACUGUUCACUGUGCUGAUGAAGGACUUCCCCCAGCCGCUGGUCUGGCUGCUGUGCCUACUGUCUCCUAGUGCCUUCUCCAUCGGCAUCGCUCAGGUGGUGUACCUAGAGGCCCAGGGAGAUGGAGCAGUGUUUUCGACCCUGGCCAACGGCCCUCAUCCUCUUUAUGUCCCCCUUCUCAUGUUAGUUGUGGACUGUAUCCUCUACCUUUUGUUGGCUGUCUACCUCGACCAGGUCCUACCAGGUGAGUUUGGUAUGAGGCGGUCCCUGGUGUACUUUUUGAAGCCGUCCUAUUGGUCCAAACGUAGGAAGCGUUACGUAGAAGUUAGCUCUGUUUAUGAGACAGAGGUGAAUGGCACUCCUGGAGGGGACGAAUCUAUCGAGCCCGUGUCACCGGAAUUCAGAGGGAAAGAGGCCAUACGCAUCAACAACAUCCACAAAGUAUACAAAGAAAAGGACAACGUGGUGGAAGCUUUGCGAGGCUUGACCUUUGACAUCUACGAAGGUCAGAUCACAGCUUUGCUGGGCCACAGCGGAGCGGGUAAGUCGACCCUCAUGAACAUCCUGUGCGGCAUCUGCCCACCCACGGACGGUUCGGCGACCAUUUACGGCUCCCCCGUGGCAGAGAUAGCCGACGGGGCGGAGAUGAAGCAGCUGGUGGGUAUCUGCCCCCAGUUCAAUAUCAUCUUUGACGUACUCACCGUGGAGGAGCACCUGAGGAUAUUCGCUGCCGUCAAAGGGAUACUGCCAGCAGACACUGACAGUGAGGUUAACAAAGUCCUGAAGGAUCUGGAUCUCGAGAAGAUCAUGGACGCUCAGGCCAAGAAUCUGAGUGGAGGCCAGAAAAGGAAGCUCUCAGUGGGCAUUGCCAUUUUAGGAGAUCCUAAGAUUUUGCUGCUGGAUGAGCCCACAGCAGGAAUGGAUCCUUGCUCCAGACACCAGGUGUGGUCUCUGUUGAAAAGCCGCCGGGCAGGCAGAGUUACUGUCCUCAGCACCCACUACAUGGAUGAGGCUGACAUACUGGCUGAUCGCAAAGCUGUGAUCUCACAAGGCCAGUUGAAGUGUGUCGGUUCCUCCCUGUAUCUCAAGACCAAGUGCGGUGUGGGAUACCAUCUCAGGAUGUCGGUCAGUGAGGGAUGCUUGGCGGGAAAUGUCACAUCACUGGUUAAGCAACACGUUCCCAAGGCAAAGUUGUCAAGGCAACAAGAGGCCGAGCUGACAUACACUCUCCCAUUUGAAAGCAUGGACACCUUUCCAGGCCUCUUCUCUGAGCUGGACUGUCGACCUGACCUGGGAAUUAUCAACUAUGGGGUCUCCAUGACGACACUGGAGGAUGUUUUCCUCCGCCUGGAGGCCGAAGCCGAAGUGGAUCAAGCCGACUAUAGUGUUUUUAAUCAGGAGCAGGUGGAGGAUGACUGCGUUGAGCCCUCCCUGGAUGACACUGAUCAGCGGCUGCUAACUUUCUCGGACACCAAACCAGAUGCCGUGACAGGCCAUGCUCUUUGGAGGCAGCAGUUCAGCACUGUGGCCUGGCUCCACAUGCUCAACAUGCGCAGAGAGAGGAAGGCUUUUGUCUACACUCUGGCCUUGUUUCUGGUGUUUGCGGCUGCAGUGCUGGUCCUGUCUCUGGCCACAGGCAACAUCCAGAUCCAUUCCCCGGACCGCCAGUUCCUGCCUAUCUACCUCUUGAGACGAAACCAGGCUCCCAGGAAAUAUGCAACUAGUCUGCUGGUUCAGAACUCUUCUGGCUCUGAUAUCUCUGACUUCAUCCACAACCUGGAGAGUCAGGACAUAAAAGUGGAGAUGAUGAAGCAGAUGGACUACAUGGCAGCAGCUCCUCACAGUGCAGCCAUCAAUGUAACAGGAUCCUCCAAGGGUUUCAAAUACAGUGUUGCGUUCAAUAGCACCACAGUCCACUCCUUGCCCAUGGCUGUCAGUGUUUUAAGCAAUGCUCUUCUAAGAGGUCUCAAUGGUACUGGACAGAUCCGAACCUGGGCUAAGCCUUUUGACUACCAAAUCCCUGAUGCCACAUCCUAUGCCCUGGUGUACAUAGAGGCCAUCAUACUAGGCAUGCUGGCAGCAGGAAUGCCAGCCUACUUUGCAAUGGACCACACUCGAGAUAGAGAGAUCAAGUGUCGCUCCACCCUGCGUAUCUCCGGCAUGGUGCCCUCAGCCUACUGGUGCGGCCAGGCAGCAGUGGAUGUCCCCUUCUACUACCUCAUCUUGUCUUGCAUGACCACCAUCCUCUUCUCCUUCCACACCGACAACCUGCUCACCUCUAGCAACCUAACAGCUGUGGUCCUGUGUACUGUCGGCUUCGGCCCAGCAAUGAUUCUCUUCACCUACGUUGUUUCUUUUGGCUUCGCCCGCGUCCAGAGCAACAGGGACUUCUUCUCCGUUGUCUCAAUGAUGCUGUGUGUGGUUUCGGCCUCGCUGGUUCAGCUGUCAUUUGUAAACGACAACCCCGGUCUGACCAGAGAUCUGCACAACGCAUUGUGCUUCUUCAACCCCCUAUACCCUCUAAUGGGCUGCCUCAACUGCAUCACUAAGGCCACCUUCCUCCCGUCUUUCUAUGAGGACAACUUCUUGUGGAAGAACCUGCUAAUCGCCAUCGUAACUCCUUACCUUCAGUGCAUCCUGCUGCUUUUCCUGCUUCGCUGGUUGGAGAUCCACUACGGAGGGAGGACCAUGAAAAAUGACCAGUUUUGCAGGAUCACAUCUAAGGCUAAGCCCAUAGUGGAGAGGAACCCAGAGGAAGGACAAAAUGAGGAUGAGGACGUUCAGAUGGAGAAGGCCCGGGUGAGGGAGGCCCUCAACUGCCAGUCCUGUGAGGAGAAACCGGCGGUGGUGGUGAGUAAUCUUAGGAAGCAGUACAUGGGCAGAAGAGAAGGCUUUUCUCUCAACAAGAGGAGGAAGGUGGCCACAAAAAACAUCUCCUUCUGUGUUCGCAAAGGUGAGGUUCUUGGCCUGUUGGGCCCUAACGGAGCAGGGAAGAGCACCAUCAUGCAUAUGUUGGCUGGUGAUACAGACCCCACUGCUGGUCAGGUGCUGAUGGGAGACUAUAGCACCGAGUACCAUCCGACAGAAACCUCGCUGGAGCACGUGGGCUACUGCCCACAGGUCAACCCACUGUGGCCCAGGAUCACCCUGCAGGAACACCUAGAGAUCUAUGCUGCCAUCAAGGGCCUCCGAGGACAAGAUGUUCCAGGUAUCAUCAAACGUAUUGUCAAUGCUCUAGAGCUUAAGGACCACUUGAACAAGCAAGCUAAACACCUGUCUGCAGGACUCAAGAGAAAGUUGUGCUUUGCUCUGAGUAUGCUUGGGAACCCUCAAAUUGUCUUGCUGGAUGAGCCCUCCACAGGGAUGGAUCCCAAGUCUAAACAACGCAUGUGGAGGGCAAUUCGUGCUGCAUUCAAGAAUCGACAGCGGGGGGCCAUCCUGACCACACACUACAUGGAAGAAGCUGAGGCCGUGUGUGACCGUGUGGCUAUUAUGGUGUCUGGCCAGCUAAGAUGUAUUGGUUCCAUCCAGCACUUGAAAGGGAAGUAUGGCCGAGGCUACAGCUUGGAGGUGAAGCUCAGAGAGGAGCUAACGGGGCUCCAGCAGGUGGCACUGCUGCACAAGGAAAUCCUACGAAUUUUUCCUCAUGCUACAAGACAAGAGAGCUUUGCCACGCUGAUGGUUUACAAGAUCCCCAUGGAGGAUGUCAAGUCACUGGCCAAGUCGUUCUCUCAGUUAGAGAAUGCAAAGCAAACCUUUAAUUUUGAAGAGUACAACUUCUCCCAGUCCACACUAGAGCAGGUGUUCAUGGAGUUUGCCAAGGAGCAGGAGAACGAAGAGGAGGAGGUGGGCUCCCUCAGCACCACCUUCCAGUGGCAGAGGUUGCGUCAGGAUGCCCCUGUGUCUGUCAAUCACACAGAUAGCAUUGUUCACCAGCUUUGAACACCAUCCGAAGAGGGGCAGGGGGCCGAUGUCGACCCAUCGGGCACAGCCGCUUGGGGGGCACAUGCCAGCACUCGCUCACGCCACACACGGCCACCACUCCCAAACCUAUGGAACUGUAUUAUGGGCAGGACCCUGGAGGGGGAAGGACACACACUACACUGGGACUAACUGUGUGUGGGAAUGGGGUGUCAUGGCCUCCUUUCUGCGAGGUCAGGGUGCGCGCACUUGUAACCCUCGUUCACUGGUGCUUCGUGUGUUUUCCGACUAGUACUGACCGAAGAGUCUGCAGUCUUCCUCGAAGACACACUGAUGCGACGUCUACUCCUCUUUGUGAUAGCUUUUUUUUUUAAUCUUCACAGGGAGU